AUGUUUUAUGACGGGAAGAAUUACCUUACGAAUUUACACUCGCAGAAGAACUGGAUGGCAGACAAUAUAUCUCUUAUAGGAGGAAAAACUCUGGGGCAGAUUUGCAUUCCAGGCUCUCAUGAUUCUGGAAUGAGCAAAUGCGUUGCCGGAACUACAAUGUCUAAUUGUGCCAACACUCAAAACCACACCAACUCCGUCAACAAACAGUUGGAAUUAGGAGUGCGUUUCUUUGACAUCCGGCCCAUCAUAGGGGGAGGGGAGUAUCACACUGGUCAUUAUACUAAGGCUGCUGAUCUAUCGUGGCAAGGUAGUAGAGGCCAGUCAAUGGCAGAGAUCAUAAGCGACGUGAACCAAUUCACUUCAGAUGCAAAAGGCGAGCUCAUUAUUUUAAAUCUCUCCCACGAUCUCAAUACGGAUGUUGGAAACAUGAGCUAUCGACCUUUCGUUUCUUCGGAAUGGAAUCAAUUACUGUCUAUGUUGAAAGACGAACAAACAGGAAUUCGUAACUUGUACCGUAAUUCAAAACAAGACGUCGAAUUGACAAAUGUAACCAUGAUUGACCUUAUUGGCAAAGGUUCAAAGGUUAUGAUUGUAAUCGAGGCCGAAUACUACAGCGGAAUUGAGUUCGAUGACUGUUUCUUCAAGUUCGAGUGUCUGAAACGAUUCGACAAGUAUGCAGACACGAACGAUUUCAACCAAAUGAUGAAUGAUCAGUUUGAAAAACUGAAAGCAAACAGUCAGAAAUACUUUCUGCUGUCUUGGACACUCACUUUAAGUGCAUGGGAGUGUGUAAUAGAUGGAAUUCGAAUACCCGUCGAAACUAUUCUGGAAUUGGCGAACGAGGCAAAUCGAAAACUCUGGACAGACUUGUACGGAAAAAAUCUAGCAAAUGAUUCUUGCUUGAAGCCGAAUAUCAUCUAUAUGGACAAUAUCGUGGAUUCAUCGCAAGUGCUUUUGUGUCUGAAAAUAACAGAAGCGUGA